AUGGAUAAAACAUAAUAAUAUCAAUAAAAGUCUGAAAUAUCUGAUAGAUAGUAGCUUAAAAAGGAAUUUAUUCAUCUACUACGAGAACACAUUCAGAAAUUAACAGAUGUAGAGGAAUACUUGAUUUUGCAAUAUGGAAGCUCAUUUUUAGGAGCAGAGACUCAGGAAUCAGAUUAUGAUCUGAUCUUGGUCUUUAAAGCCAAUGAUUUACAAAGGAUUUUUAAGGAUUCCAUAGACUUGAGAAAAGACUUUUUCUUCAAUAGCCUAGCUUAGAGAUUAAUUGAUGAAAAUAAGCAGAGUGAGGAAACACUAUAAGCAGUGUUAAUAUCCUCUAGAAUAAGAGAUAUCAUAAUUCAAGCUGGUGUUGAUGUCGAAAUUUUUAAAUUGAUCUUGAUAUAUGUUAAAGAAUGGGCUUAAUAGAGAAAAAUUUAUGGAUAAUAAUAUGGCUUUUUAGGUGGUAUAGCUUGGGCAAUUUUAGUGGGAAAUAUAAUGAUUUCCUACUCAUAAGAUGAUAAAGUUCAAGCGCUCUUAUAGGAGCCGAAAUUAAGAAAUCUUAACAAUCAAGGAAUGAAAAUUUAAAAGAAAAUUAUCAAAUACCUGCUGUUAAAGUUUUUCAAAUUUUAUAGUAAAUGGGAAUGGCCUAAUCCAAUAAUCAUAGAUUCUCACUAUGAUGAAUACGACCAAGAAAAUUAGCACAUGCUCAGCAAUUUCACUCAAUUAAAGUUAAAUGAUAAAAAGCUGUGGAAUCCAAUUAGCUCUGUCACUGAUUCAUAGCAUCUUAUGCCUAUUUUAACACCGAAAAUUAAAUAAAUUGGAAAAAUUACUAAUCUUUCUGUUAAUACAGCAGAAUAAGUCCUGAACAGUCAUUUACAAAUAUAUUAAUUUGAAUUCAAAAGAGCCUAUAACAUUGUUAAAAAAAUAUACAAGGGAAAAUUAAAACUAAAGGAUCUAAAACUUGAAUAUGAUAGCUUUAUUAGAGAUUAAUAAUUAGAUCCUGCAAAUGGAUAUUAAUUUGCAAUUCAAAUAGAUGUUCUCUCCAAAACUGAGAAACGUGAAGAAGAAAGUACUGCUCUCUAAGUAAAAUACUAUCAUCAAAAGCUUUUUUCUUCUGUAGAAAGUAAACUGAGAUCAUUGAUUUUUUAACUUGAUACAACUUUAAAUCCCGAAAAUAAAUUUUAAUGUCUAAUAAGACCCUUAAGAUGCUGUAAUGAACCUGAGCUAAUUGAAAAUGACUAAGAAUAUUCGAGAACACUUUCGUCUAAAAUCUAUAUUGGUUUGAAAUAAUCUUCAGAAGAUAAGGAAUUAGGAAUAAUUGAUGUUUCAAUUCCCAUUGAAUGCUUUUGUUUCAAAGCUCAGCAAAUAAUAGACGACCUAAAGUUUUAUCUAAUCAAACAGGAAGAUAUGUUUGACUUUCAAAUAAAAGUAAAUGUACUUAAGAGGUGA